UUCAGUUGACUUGCAGCAACGUGUUGGUCUACUGUACUGUACUGUACACUUUUUUUCGACUGAUCUACAAGGACGAACGUCAUCAUUCUGUGCAUCAUCAUGUCCAAUCCUCUGAUUACCGUUUUUGGUGCAACCGGUGAACAAGGUGGUUCAGUCGCUCGUUCUCUGUUACAAAAAGGAGGAUGGAGAGUGCGUGGAGUCACUCGAAACCCUGACUCUGAUAAGGCCAAAGCACUCAAAGCUCUAGGAAUUGAAGUGGUGAAGGCAUCCCUUGAUGACAAGGCAAGCGUAAAGGAGGCUAUACGUGGCUCACACGGAGUCUUCCUUGUCACUAAUUUUUGGGAGCUCUUGGACGCUGCACGUGAAACAAAGCAAGGCAAAGAUGCAGCAGAUGCCUGUGUGGAAGAAGGAGUGAAGCACUUGAUCUAUAGCGGUCUGUCUCCUGCUAAGAAACUGUCAGGAUUAUCUGUGCCUCACUUUGAUGCUAAAGCUGAGGUCGAGGACUAUCUUCCUACCAUUGGAAUUCCCUACACAAGCGUGCGCUAUCCUUUCUAUUAUGAGAAUUUGUCUGGAGGAAUGGGAAUGACUCAGAAGCAAGAAGAUGGAAGCUUCUUAGUCAUUAUCCCAAUGGAGACACAUCCUCUGUAUGCCAUGUCUGUUGCAGACGGUGGACCAGCUGUGGCAGAAAUUUUUAAAAAUCGAGAUGAGUACAUUGGGAAGUUAGUUGGACUGGCAGCCGACUACAAGCCUGUUGGUCACUAUACAGACAUGAUCACCAAACAUACAACAAAAACAGUCAAACAUGCUGAUAAACUGACGAGUGAUGAGUUUGCUGCUUUUGGCUUUCCAGCAGCCGAUGAAAUAGCAAACAUGUUCAGAUAUUUCCAGACUGAUCAUUUCCAUCGUCUGAAGGAUGUCGCUCUAACUAAGAAACUGAAUCCUUGUGCUCAGUCAUUCGAAGAUUGGGUGAAGGCAAAUAAAGAGAGAUUUGAGAGCAUGUGAUUGCAUGUUUUGUGUUAGAACAUUGAACACUAAAUGCUUGUUGUGCUAGUUGUAAUCACUUUACUGUCUACAUGUUAUAUUACUUAAUUGAGUUGGAAUGGCUUUGUUCUUGGAAUACAAACAGGUACUUGUCUCUAUCA